UUCCAGAGCUUUUUUGUUUUAUUUUAUUUUUUGAGGGCACUUUGUUGAUUAUUUAACGCACGAAUUAAUAAACACAGUAAGGACUAGAGAAAGCAUCGAUCCUUUGUGUCAUGGAUCAAUGUUAUUGAGCUCUCUGAGUAGCUAAACGUCACACUUUUAUCUCCAAGCCCGGGUCGCUGCUGGAACUCGCGUCUGGAUUGUUUGUUUUUUUCGAUUGCAGCCGUUAAUCAAUCCAAAAUGUCGUCCGUUAAAGUGGCCGUUCGUGUGCGGCCAUUCAAUAGCCGGGAAAUCAACCGUGAUUCGAAAUGCAUUAUCGAGAUGAUCGACAACACCACAAUCAUUACCAACCCAAAGGCUCCAGCGGGAUCCAAGGAGGCUUCCAAAAGCUUCAAUUUUGAUUACUCUUAUUGGUCGCAUGACCCUCAAGAUUCCAAUUUCGCACCGCAAAUCAAUGUCUACAAAGACAUUGGUGAAGAGAUGCUUGAUCACGCCUUCGAAGGUUACAAUGUUUGCAUCUUUGCCUACGGUCAAACGGGAGCCGGAAAGUCGUUCACAAUGAUGGGCAAGCAGGAAGAAGGCCAAGAAGGAAUCAUCCCACAAUUAUGUAUGGACCUUUUCGGCCGAAUCAAUAGCGAUACUAACGAAGAUAUUCAGUACUCUGUCGAGGUCAGUUACAUGGAGAUUUACUGCGAGCGAGUUCGUGACUUGCUCAAUCCCAAGAACAAGAACAACUUGCGCGUCCGAGAGCACCCUCUCCUGGGACCGUACGUUGAGGACCUCUCCAAGCUGGCCGUUACUUGCUUUGACGAUAUCAACGAGCUUAUUGACGAAGGCAACAAAGCCAGGACGGUGGCGGCGACCAACAUGAACGAGACUUCCAGUCGAUCGCACGCCGUUUUCACGCUCAUCUUCACUCAACGCCGCUUCGAUCAGACAACAAGUCUUUCAACGGAAAAAGUCAGCAAAAUUUCUCUAGUCGAUUUGGCCGGGUCGGAGAGAGCCGACGCCACCGGCGCCAAAGGCACGCGUCUCAAGGAGGGAGCUAAUAUCAACAAGAGUCUGACGACUUUGGGUAAAGUCAUCUCGGCUCUAGCCGAAAUGGCGAUGAAGAAAAAGAAGAAGGGCGAUCACAUUCCGUACCGUGAUUCCGUGCUGACAUGGCUUCUGAGAGAGAAUCUCGGUGGCAAUUCGAAGACAGCCAUGAUUGCAGCCAUUUCACCUGCCGAUAUUAAUUAUGAAGAAACUCUCUCGACUCUCAGGUACGCAGACAGAGCCAAGCAGAUCGUCUGCAAGGCUGUCGUCAACGAAGACGCCAACGCCAAAUUGAUCCGCGAAUUGAAAGAAGAGAUUUCACGACUCCGCGAACUGUUGAGAGUGGAAGGCAUCGACGUCGAAGAAGGUCCCGACGGACAAAUCAUACGGGUGCUCGACACCAGGGAAAAUAAGGACCAGAAUCGUGCGGAAAAUGGCGGACAAGGGCCUACAGGAGCACCAUCGGUAGGCGAACCACAACGUCCAAGACUGGCAUCUGUUCCAUCACGAGCCGAAGAUGCUGUCGACCAGCUUCAAGAAAACGAGAAGCUGAUUGCUGAAUUGAACGAGACUUGGGAAGACAAAUUGAAGCGGACAGAAAUGAUUCGGUUACAACGUGAAGCUGUUUUUGCCGAAAUGGGUGUGGCUGUCAAGGAAGAUGGAGAUACUGUGGGCGUUUUCUCACCCAAAAAGACACCACAUUUAGUGAACCUGAACGAGGAUCCUUUCAUGUCCGAAUGUCUGCUUUAUUACAUCAAAGAUGGUAUUACAAGAGUCGGAUCGACCGAUGCCUGCAUUCCGCAAGAUAUCCAACUGUGUGGUCCGCACAUCUUGAGCGAGCAUUGCAUCUUUGAAAAUCGUGAAGGAUUGGUUUUAAUGGCGCCGGCUCCUGACGCUCUUUGCUACGUCAACGGUCGAGUCAUCACUGAACCGGUUCUGCUACGAACGGGAAAUCGUGUCAUCUUGGGAAAGCAUCACGUCUUCCGGUUCAAUCAUCCAGGUCAGCCUCGAGAGGCAUCGGCAAAGUCAGCCAGUAGAUCACCGGCGGAAACGCCCGUUUUGUUGGAGAAUGUCGACUGGAACUUCGCUCAGAUUGAAUUGCUGGAGAAGCAGGGUAUCGAUUUGAAAUUGGAAAUGGAACAAAGGCUAAUGGCCCUUGAAGAAAUCCAUCGGAAAGAGAAAGAAGAAGCCGACCAGCUCUUUGCUGAACAGCGGAAAAACUACGAAGCCCAGAUUGAUGCUCUUCAACGCAAAGUGGAAGAACAAACGAUGACCAUGUCGUUGUACAGCACUUGUACAUCAGACGACGCCAUCGACGACGCCAUCUUUGUCAAUCCCUUGUUUGAAGCCGAAUGUUGCUGGUCAGAGCGCCAAUAUCAAAUGGCAGCGUGGGGCUAUCACAAAUGGAAGUUUCACCAGUUCACUUCACUCAGGGAUGAUCUGUGGGGUAACGCCGUCUUCCUCAAAGAGGCUAAUGCAAUUUCGGUAGAAUUGAGGAAGAGAGUAACGUUUCAGUUCAUAUUGUUAACUGAUACGCCCUAUUCGCCGUUGCCCAGAGAAUUGCAAGAUCAGCACCAUCUAGCGGCUUCAUCGCCUACUCUUCACAGGAUCUGCGAUCCUUGGUCUCAGGAAUCUUGCCGACGCACUAUUGUCGCUGUUGAAGUGCAAGAUAAUCAAAACGGAGCCGUUCAUUAUUGGAGUCUGACAAAGCUACGUCAGAGAUUGGAACUUAUGCGCGAAAUGUGUCGCAAUGAAGCGGAGAAAUCGCCAAGCCAAUCACCCGGAUCAGCUCCAGCAAUUCAAAAUCAAUCGGUGGACAACUCAACCAUCAGCGGAAAUGAUCCGUUCUACGAUCGUUUUCCAUGGUUCCGGCUAGUCGGACGAGCGUUUGUCUUGCUGGGCAGCUUGCUCUAUCCUGUUCCGUUGGUUCACAACGUCCCCAUCGUUAACGAGAAAGGUGACGUGAGGGGAUAUCUCCGGGUGGCCGUCCAGGCUGUGCUGGACGAUGAAAAUGGCGACUAUUCAAGCGGAGUCAAACAGUCGGCUAGGAUUUCUUUCGCUGAGAGAGAAAGGAGUCAAACACUUUCGCAUUACUUGGAUGACCAACAAACCAAAGAGGCUGAAGGCGAAGAGGAGGAAUGCCAUCGAGUCGUCGAAGGGCAUGGUCGGGGUGAGGAUUCCAGCGGAAUAGAAUCAUCCAGUCAAGACGAGCAACAAGGUGAAAACGACGUUGGAAAGGAUGUCGAGUCGGUUUUGGCCGGACAUUUGUCUGUCGGGCGGGAUUUUACAUUCCGGAUUACGAUUUUGCACGCGGUCAACAUUCCCAUGGAGUACAGCGACAUCUUUUGUCAAUUUCAUUUUGUACAUCAUCAAGACGAGGCCUUUUCUACCGAACCGAUCCGCAACAAUUCCGCUAACCGGGGCAAUGGCGCUCCCCUCAGUUUCUACCACGUCCAGAACAUUACCGUCAAAGUGACAAAAACUUUUGUCGAUUACCUUCGCAGUCAGCCGCUCGUCCUGGAGGUCUACGGUCAUCUGCAACAGUCCCUUUCUCGCGAUAGAGCCAGUUCAGUUGGUGUCCAAUCCAGCAGCAAUCGUCUGCCACCCAAACGGAUGCUUCCGCCUCUUUUGCCCGUCAGUCAGCCCCUCCGUUCCACCAAAUUCGGAAUGCUUCCUCCGAGUCCUACUUCUCAGGUGGAUGCCAAACACGACCUGUUGGUUUGGGUAGAAAUCCUGGAAUUAGCGUCAAGUGGUGAAUACCUUCCGGUGAUGGUAGAACGGAAUCCGGAUUUGCCUUGUCGCAGCGAAUUUAUCCUUCGCCAAGGUUUGCAACGUCGCAUCCGCAUCACCCUCGUUCACGAGGUCACGGAAGAAUUGAACUGGAACGACGUUCGCGAACUGGUUGUGGGACGAAUUCGCACGGGAGCUGAGUGCGAUAACGGCGAUGAAAUUUACGAGAAUGAUAUGUCGGUUGUCUCUUUGGGGCUCUUCCCUGGCGAAGUUCUCGAAUUUCCAGGUGACACGCGCCAUUUCUAUCGGUUUGAAGCCGCUUGGGACUCGUCGUUGCACAACUCCGUGCUGCUCAACCGAGUCACGCCCUCCGGCGAGCACAUUUACUUGACCAUGUCGGCCUAUGUCCAGUUGGAUAAUUGCGAACAGCUGUCCGUCAUCACCAAAGAUCUUUGCGUCACCAUUUUAGGUCGUGAUGCCCGCACAGGGACCCGUACCAUAAAGCAAUUCUUCCGGGGAAAUCGACACUCUGAGUCGACUCGGAUGUCGGGCAUCUACGAAGUCCUGAUGAGACGCGUAUCGGGUCACGGCAACGGCAAUGGAGCAGGCAGUCCCGGUAUCCAGAGAAGGCAAAGACGCGUCAUGGAUACGAGCGCAUGUUACGUACGCGGUGAAGAAAAUUUGGAUGGAUGGCGUCCUCGUGGUGAUUCGCUCAUCUUCGAUCAUCAAUGGGAACUGGAAAAGUUGUCGCGUUUGGAGGCAGUCGGUCGGACCCGUUAUUGGCUUCUUCUGCGUGAACGACUUGGACUAGAUGGAAAGACAAAUGCUGCAGUUUCCAGCAAAUUAUUGCGAACUGUUGGCCAAGAUAUUACCAAAUCUGAAAAAGAAAUGUGUAAUAUGAUGGCCAAAGCUCACACAAAUGAGAUCAUUAAAUCACCGUCUGCUCCUCCAUCGCCUCCCUCCGUUCCUGUUGCUGGGAACAGACCGGAUGGCAUUGAUCCUUAUCAAUCGUGGCAGAUGACGGAUCGCGAGAGAGAGAUAUCUACCAAAUACAUCAAUUUAAUCCAAGGGAAACGCAUUCGGAAGGACCCUUCCUUACUCUCUCUUACUCCGCUAGAUGGCAGUAAUAACACAAUGGCCAAUACCAGCAACCCGCUAUCGCCUGAAACGCCAUCUGGUAACGGUCCCGCACUCUACAUCCCUUCGCCAGGCCAAGAGAGUCGGGCCUUUAUUCCCAACGCCUCUUACACCGUCGAUCCGCAAGCUUCAUCCGCCAGCACCAACAGCUGUUUCGUCGCCGAUAUCGAGGAGGUGCGCGUCAGUCCGGUUGUCUCUAGACGCGGUCUUCUGAGUGUCCUCGAAAAGGGAGCCUUGGGCUGGGUUCGCCGUUGGGUAGUUGUCCGACGACCCUACGUCCUUCUCUACAAAGACGAGAAGGACUGUAUCGAGCGUGGCCUAAUUAACUUGAGCACCGCGAUUGUUGAAUACUCGGAGGACCAGGAAGAUGUCGGAAUGGUCAACGUCUUUAGCGUCAUUACGAAGCAUCGCCAGUAUUUGAUGCAAACACCAUCCGAUAAGGAAUUGUACGAUUGGUUGUACGCCAUGAAUCCGCUGUUGGCUGGCCAAAUCAGAUCACGAUUGGCACGCUGCCAACCAGGAGUGGUUCCUCCGAAUAAAUUAGUAGCGUCCACUUUACCAUUAGCAGCUAAUUAAUAGGUUCAGCCUGAAAUUCCUUAGACAAUGGCUUCUUGAAUGAGACGUAAUAAGGCUUCCUAUACUGCAACAAGAGAAAUGAUUAGGUUCAAGAGAGAAAUGAAAAUAACGGGAUUUGCUACCGUAUGUAUGUGUGUAUGGGUUGGUUGUCGAUCUGUGUUUCUUUUCCAUCAAUGAUCUCGCUGGCGUUCGCCUUUUGGUCCUGUUUCAAAUAAGUGUGAAUUGCUUGAUUUCAAAGCCCUCCUUCACUUUCUCGUUAUUAACUUAUUAUUAUGUACAGCUACAGCAACCAGCAAGCAGCUUUCCUUGUCUUUUUUUUUUCGCCAUCACUAAUAUUGAAUCAAUGUUUCCACGGCUAUUUUGCUUUUCUUGCUUUGUUUACAUUUUCUUCUUGGUUCUCCUCGGAUAGGAUCCAUUAUUCUAAAAAAAUAAUACUAAUAAUACUGCAAUUAUUGUAACGUGCACUUUUUGUGCUCGAGGCUUUCAUCUCAUCGUUCACCGCGUCCGUGCUGCUGUGGUGGUUUGCCUAUUCUAAAUUAAUAAGAGACCAAAAUAAAUAGUCACGUGGUGUCCAA